CUGAGAUACCCGGAUGGAGUUUGUGGCAAAUCAAUGCCCUUUUUUGGGUUCCUUGUGGAAUUUCAUUGAGAGGGUCAAACGGGUUGUUAGCCUCGCCGUCGCUGCCAUCGUUGGGAACAUCUUCUCUGCGAUCUUGACCUUCUGCUUUGCAUCAGUGGGAACUUUGUUGGGGGCUAUGACUGGAGCCUUGAUAGGGCAAGAGACAGAGAGUGGCUUCAUUCGAGGGGCUGCUGUUGGUGCCAUGUCAGGAGCUGUUUUCUCCAUUGAAGUGUUUGAAUCUUCUCUUAUUCUUUGGCAAUCUGAUGCAUCUGGAACUGAGUGUCUCUUAUACUUGAUUGAUGUUAUUGCUAGUUUACUCAGUGGGAGACUUGUGCGUGAAAGGAUAGGUCCAGCCAUGUUGAGUGCUGUCCAAAGUCAGAUGGUUGCUGUUGAAAUGAGAUUUGAUGAGGUUCAAAACAUCUUUGACACUGGCGGUGCAAAAGGUUUAUCAGGAGAUUCGGUUGAAAAGAUCCCAAUGAUCACAAUUACAAGUGACAACAAUGUUGAUGCUUUUGGUGAAAGAGUUUCAUGUUCAGUUUGCCUCCAGGAUUUUCAGCAUGGAGAGACAGGUAGAAGCUUGCCUCAUUGUCAUCACAUGUUUCACCUACCUUGCAUUGAUAAGUGGCUCAUAAGGCAUGGUUCUUGUCCAUUAUGCAGAAGGGAUCUGUAAUUUUGUAUAUGCAAAGCAGAAACUGUCAAAAUAGGUUCUUUCAUUGUUUAUAAGCGCAUUACUUUUAGGAUCAUAUACUAGGAACUAUCCCAUG